UAAGGACCUUCUCCGGCUCGUAACCUCGACUCCCCCCAGUCGGAGCCCGAUUUCUAUAUUUUCGUCUUUACACGAUGGAGGAGGAUCACAACCCGUUAAUUACAUUUAAUACCACUCACUCUAAUCAGAGAAAACCCGUUGACAUUUAACGGUUGCGUCAAUGCAUUUUCCUCAUCUUACUCGGCGCACCUUCGCUGGACAGCCUUCGCCGGAUGUCAGAAAACGACGAGGAAGAAUGGUCUAAACUUAAAGACCGUUUGAUCCAACGCACAAUAAAUAUCAAUGUUGUUGGUACUCUUACGGUUGCCUCUUCUGCUUCGUUUCUGACUACCCCUUCCCCAACUAACUUUGCCAAAUGGAACCGCGAAUUUCCCUACGCUUGCAUUGCAGCUUGUAGCGGGAGUGCUAUGCUGGCCGUUAUUAGCGGCCUCGGCCUACUUAUAUUUCUGAAUGUGAUGAGUCCUGAAUCUAUCAAAGCGGCAGAGAAGAGCACGUUCAAAUUCGCGGUCCUCGUCACGUUGCUAAUGAUGCCACUCACCUUCCUGUCUACUGCGUCACUAUGUGCUGGUUUUGCAUGGAUUGGGGCUGUCUGGCACGCUGACAAAACCUGGAUGAAGUUGUUAGUGUACAUUGGUUGCGUAGUAUUCGUUUUCACCUUAUUUGUGAUUAGUGCUGUGCUUUACUAGUCCUGCUGUAUCCGCAACAUGUAUUGUACUUCACUUCGGAAUUUGGCGCUGGAAUGAGCUUUAUAUCUUGGAGUGCAGCG